GUGACCGUAUGUCGAGGUUAGAGAGAGAGAAAUGCGAAGUAGGAAGGAAGGGAUUAAAAAGCGAAAAAGAAAAAAAAAGAAAAAAUAAUUAAGGAAAGAGAAAAGAGGAAACCAGAGCGAAAAACAAUGGCGAGAGCAACGAGAAGAAAUGCAGAACCAACAGCGACCCCUUUCUCCUCUCCAUUUCUUCUCUUCUCCGCCGAAGAUGAUCACGUUUCCCGGUUCCUGUAAACCCUAGUUCCCCGCCGCCACUCCCUCCCUCCUUUUGCUGCUUCACAUUCGGCAUCUUUUUUCGAAAUCUGAGGUCCCGCAGCGAACUUGGAUUGCCACACAGAAGAGAAUUCGAGAAUUUUGAGUGGAAACUUUGUUUCACAAUCUCUCCCUUGUUGUGUAGCGGCGAUUUGUGUUUUCCGACCUUAGAUGCCAGAGGCAAUGGACCCGUUGAUGGAGCUCUGCGAGCUCAUUGCCAAAAACCCGACGCAAUUCGCGGAUAAAUUGACGUGGCUAUGCAACCGUUGCUCGCAACCGGAGGCUUUGGUCGGCGGAUCGUCUAGGGUUUCGCGUUCCCAGCUCAAUGCCGUCCUCGCGGUGGCCAGAUUUCUAUCUUUCCGCACCUCCGACCCUUCCAUCGAUCUCCGGCCCAAGUCCAUCGUCCUCGAGUUUCUCCGCGCAGUUCCGUCGUCGUUUCGGCAAUCCUUCUGGCCGCAAUCGUUCAAUGUCGACUCGAUCGGGGCGUUUUAUGCUGAAUUCUUAGCGCAUUUGGUGAAAUCGGCGAAAACGUGCGUGGACUUUAGUGAGGAGAUUGCUGGAUUUCUAGGUGAAGUCGUUAUGGAUGCGGUUAAUCACAAUGCCAGUGAGAGUUUGGCAAUUUCGAGAGCUUUUCUGCUGGCUUUGACGCAGAAUUUUCCGCCUAUUCUGGCUUCUGAUGGGGAGAAGCUGGUGACCACUCUUCUUGAUCAGGUCAUUGUGGCUUCACAGUUGCCCGGUGAGCAAGCCGGUGGUAACUCAGGAGCUUCAUCGUGCCAGAGCUCCCCCUUAAUCAAAGCCAAUCAUCAUGGUAACAAUGGCAUUUCCAGUCCAGCUAAUGAUUUAAGCCAGGUGUCUGGGGGUUCAUCAAGUGGCUUGUCUUCGACAUCAGCAUUGCUGAACGGGAGUGGGUUGAUGUGGAAGAGUGGAUUUGAUUCAAUGGGGAUGAGCUUUGGGUUCAAUGAUGGCGGUGGGGGUUUAUUUAAGCAGCAAGCGGCUUUGUUUGAGGAGGAGAGUGUGGAGGGAUUGGAGAAGCAUGAAAUUGCGUUCAAAUUGAUUGCCAAUGUAUUGACUCAUGUGAAGCUUGACAACAAGCUUUCGGAACAAGUAAGAUUCAUUGCUAAGAAGCAGCUGCAGUCACUGUCGGCCUUUUUAAAGAUAAGGAAGCGCGACUGGAACAUUCAGGGGCAGUUAUUGAAAUCUAGGGUGACCACUAAGCUAUCAGUUUAUCAAGCUGCAGCUAGAAUGAAAAUAAAGAGCCUUGCAUCUCUUGACGCUGAUGGCAAAACCUCCAAAAGAUUGGUUCUUGAAACUCUUGCGUUGCUAAUAGAUGCUGCUGAAGCAUGUUUGCUAUCUGUAUGGCGGAAAUUGAGAGUUUGUGAAGAGCUAUUUAGUUCAUUGCUUGCUGGGAUUGCGCAAAUUGCUGUAAGCAGGGGUGGUCAGCCACUUCGAGUUCUUCUUAUUCGUCUUAAACCCCUUGUGUUGACCGCAUGUGCACAAGCUGAUACUUGGGCUGGCAGUCAGGGAGCAAUGUUUGAGAGUGUGAUGAAGACAAGUUGCCAGAUAAUUGAAUCUGGAUGGGCAAAGGACCGAGCCCCUGUUGAUACUUUUAUUUUGGGAUUGGCAACAAGUAUACGUGAACGGAAUGACUAUGAUGAGCAGGUUGAGAAGGAGAAGCAGGGAGUUCCAGCUGUACAGCUUAAUCUCAUUAGCUUGCUAGCUAAUUUGACCGUUGAUGUUAACAAGUCUGAAGUGGUGGACAUGAUUUUGCCACUUUUUGUUGAAAGCUUAGAAGAGGGUGAUGCUUUAACUCCUGGCAUAUUGCGCCUUCGACUUCUUGAUGCUGUAUCCCGGAUAGCAAGUUUAGGUUUUGAGAAGUCCUACCGCGAGACAGUUGUCCUAAUGACAAGAAGUUACUUGGCUAAAUUGUCGAGUGUAGGAUCUGCAGAAAGCACAACUUUGCCUGCUGAAGCAAAUACGGAGCGUGUUGAGACUCUUCCUGCAGGAUUUCUUUUGAUAGCCAGUGGUCUUCAAAAUCCAAAGUUGCGUUCAGACUACCGUCAUCGUCUCCUUUCUUUGUGCUCAGAUGUGGGGCUGGCAGCUGAAUCCAAGAGUGGAAGGAGUGGAGCAGAUUUUUUGGGCCCUCUACUUCCUGCUGUUGCUGAAAUCUGUUCUGACUUUGAUCCAACUGUCAAUGUUGAACCCUCACUUUUAAAACUCUUCCGCAACUUGUGGUUCUAUGUUGCACUUUUUGGCUUGGCACCACCGGUUCUGAAAGCGCCACAACAGGCGAAGUCUACAUCAACUACAUUGAAUAGCGUGGGAAGCAAUGGUGCAAUAGCUCUUCAAGCGGUAGCUGGACCAUACAUGUGGAGUGCACAGUGGAGUUCAGCAGUCCAGCGGAUUGCGCAAGGGACUCCUCCUCUUGUUGUGAGUUCUGUUAAAUGGCUUGAAGACGAAUUGGAACUUAAUGCCCUUCACAAUCCUGGAAGCCGUCGAGGAAGUGGCAAUGAAAAAGCUGCUCUAAACCAACGAUCAGCUUUGUCUGCUGCACUGGGUGGCAGAGUUGAAGUUGCGGCAAUGAGCACGAUUUCUGGCGUGAAAGCGACGUAUCUUCUGGCUGUAGCAUUUUUGGAGAUAAUUCGUUUCAGCAGCAAUGGUGGCAUUCUCAAUGGAGAUUCCAGUUUGACUGCUUCUAGAAGUGCUUUCAGCUGUGUAUUUGAAUACCUGAAAACACCAAAUUUAAUGCCUGCUGUCUGCCAAUGCUUGACAGCCCUAGUCCACAGAGCAUUUGAAGCAGCUGUUGGGUGGCUGGAAGAUCGGAUUACUGACACUGGCAAGGAAGCAGGAAUCAGAGAAUCCACUCUUUUCGCCCAUGGAUGUUUUCUGAUAAAAAGCAUGUCACAGAGAGAAGACCACAUCCGUGAUAUUGCUGUGAACUUGUUGACUCAGCUCCGUGAUAAGUUUCCUCAGAUCUUAUGGAACUCAUCUUGUUUGGACUCCUUAUUAUUUUCUGUUCACAAUGACUCUACUUCCACCGUUGUUAAUGAUCCUUCUUGGGUAGCAACUGUCCGUGCAUUGUAUCAGAAAAUCCUCAAGGAGUGGAUCUGUAUGUCGGUUUCAUAUGCUCCAUGUACUAGCCAAGGUCUUCUUCAGGAAAAGCUAUGCAAGGCAAACACCUGGCAGAAGGCACAGCAAACUACGGAUGUGGUAUCUUUGCUCACUGAGAUACGUAUUGGAACUGGCAAGAAUGAUUGGGCUGGAAUACGUACUGCAAAUGUUCCAGCCGUCAUGGCUGCAGCUGCUGCUGCGUCAGGAGCAAACUUGACAUUGACAGAAGCCUUUAACUUUGAGGUGCUCAGCACUGGCAUUGUCAGUGCAACAGUGAAGAGUAACCAUGCUGGGGAAAUUGCUGGUAUGAGAAGGUUAUAUAGCAGCAUUGGUGGUUUCCAAGCUGGUAGUACACCAACUACUUUUGGUGGUGGCCUCCAAAGGUUGAUAACUGGAGCAUUUUCUCAACCUCCUCAGACUGAGGAUGAUUCUUUCAAUGAGAUGCUACUUAAUAAGUUUGUGCAUCUACUUCAACAAUUUGUUAGUACUGCAGAGAAAGGUGGGGGUGUGGACAAAUCACAGUUCCGUGAUAUUUGUUCUCAGGCAACUGCAUUACUUCUAUCCAAUCUGACUUCUGAUUCAAGAUUCAGUGUUGAAGGCUUUGCACAAUUGCUACGUCUUCUUUGUUGGUGUCCAGCGUAUAUUUCUACUCCCGAUGCAAUGGAGACUGGGGUGUUUAUAUGGACUUGGUUGGUUUCUGCAGCCCCCCAACUUGGUUCUCUUGUUCUUGCUGAACUUGUGGAUGCCUGGUUAUGGAGUAUUGACACAAAAAGAGGCCUAUUUGCAUUGGAUGUCAAGUAUUCUGGCCCUGCUGCAAAACUAAGACCUCAUCUUGCCCCUGGGGAACCAGAGCCACAGCCUGAAGUUAAUCCUGUAGAACAAAUCCUUGCUCAUAGAAUUUGGCUUGGAUUUUUCAUCGAUCGCUUCGAGGUAGUGCGGCAUAACAGUGGCGAGCAACUCUUGCUCUUAGGCAGGCUAUUGCAAGGGACAAUGAAGUUGCCCUGGAACUUUUCACGCCAUCCUGCUGCUACUGGUACCUUUUUCACUGUCAUGCUCCUUGGGCUGAAAUUUAGCUCGUGUCAUUCUCAGGGAAACCUUCAGAAUUAUAAGACAGGACUUCAGCUUCUGGAAGAUCGGAUUUAUAGGGCCUGUUUGGGUUGGUUUGCUUUUGAACCCGAGUGGUUUGAGUUGAAGUAUAUGAAUUUCGCUCAGAGCGAGGCUCAAUCUGUAUCUAUAUUCGUUCACUAUCUGUCCAAUGACCGAGGUGAUGCUACUCAAUCUGAUUCUAAGGGUCCGGGAACCGAGAACGGAAGUUCGUUGGUUGAUAUGAAUGAUGAACAUCACCCUGUGUGGGGUCAUAUGGAGAGUUAUGCCAUUGGACGGGAAAAGCGGAAACAGUUGCUUUUGAUGUUAUGUCAGCAUGAGGCUGAUCGACUUGAAGUGUGGGCGCAACCUACUAACACAAAGGAAAGUGCCUCUCGUCCUAAAAUCAGCUCAGAUAAAUGGGUUGAAUAUGCAAGGACUGCUUUCUCUGUGGAUCCCCGCAUUGCCCUAUGCAUGGCAUCAAGGUUCCCUGCAAAUGCUACUUUGAAGGCUGAAGUUACUCAGCUGGUCCAGUCACAUAUUUUGGAUGUGCGUACCAUACCAGAGGCAUUGCCUUACUUUGUUACCCCAAAAGCCGUUGAUGAAGACUCGGUACUUUUGCAACAAUUACCGCACUGGGCUGCUUGUUCAAUAACACAAGCACUUGAGUUCCUGACUCCUUCAUACAAAGGCCAUCCCCGUGUAAUGGCAUAUGUUCUGAGAGUUAUGGAGUCUUAUCCUCCUGAGCGUGUGACCUUUUUCAUGCCACAAUUAGUUCAGUCUCUGCGCUAUGAUGACGGGAAGCUAGUUGAAGGAUAUUUGCUUAGAGCUGCUCAACGAAGUGAUAUAUUUGCCCAUAUUCUGAUUUGGCAAUUACAGGGUGAGAUGUGUGAACCAGAAGGAGCAGUAAAAGAUCCUGCUGCUGUUAUUAAGAAUAAUUCCUUCCAAGAAAUUUUGCCGGUUGUUCGAGAGCAUAUCAUUGAUGGUUUCAAUGAUAAGGCCCGUGACAUCUUUCAAAGGGAAUUUGAUUUUUUUGAUGAAGUUACAUCAAUUUCUGGUGUCCUCCUUCCACUUCCCAAGGAUGAGCGUCGGGCUGGUAUCCGAACGGAGUUGGAGAAAAUUCAGAUGCGAGGAGACGAUCUCUAUUUACCGACUGCACCUAGCAAGUUUGUCAGAGGUAUCCGGGUUGAUAGUGGCAUACCCUUGCAAUCGGCUGCAAAAGUUCCAAUUAUGGUGACGUUUGAUGUAGUUGAUCGUGAUGGUGACCCCAACGAUAUUAAACCUCAAGCUUGCAUUUUCAAGGUUGGAGAUGAUUGUAGACAAGAUGUUCUUGCCCUUCAAGUGAUAGCGCUUCUUAGAGACAUCUAUGGAGCAAUUGGACUUAAUCUCUAUUUGUUUCCCUAUGGUGUCUUGCCAACUGGCCCAGAGAGAGGUAUAAUCGAGGUUGUGCCUAACUCACGGAGUCGAAGUCAGAUGGGUGAAACGACUGAUGGUGGUUUGUAUGAGAUCUUUCAGCAAGACUUUGGCCCAGUUGGAUCUCCUAGUUUUGAAACCGCACGUGAAAACUUCAUUAUCAGCAGUGCUGGUUAUGCAGUUGCCAGCCUUCUACUUCAACCAAAGGAUAGACACAAUGGGAACUUGCUUUUCGAUAGCGACGGGAGACUAGUGCACAUUGAUUUUGGCUUCAUAUUGGAAACUUCCCCUGGUGGAAACAUGCGGUUCGAGAGUGCUCAUUUCAAACUGAGCCACGAGAUGACUCAGUUACUGGAUCCGUCAGGUGUUAUGAAGAGCGAGACCUGGAACCAAUUCGUAAGCUUGUGCGUGAAAGGAUACCUAGCAGCUCGUAGAUACAUGGACGGGAUCAUCAAUACGGUACUGAUGAUGCUCGAGAGCGGGUUGCCUUGCUUCAGUCGGGGAGACCCAAUUGGGAAUCUCCGUAAGAGAUUCCAUCCGGAGAUGACCGAGCGAGAAGCUGCGAAUUUCAUGAUCCAUGUUUGCACAGAUGCCUACAACAAAUGGACCACAGCCGGCUACGACUUGAUACAGUAUCUGCAGCAGGGAAUCGAGAAAUGAUUCAUCCCUCAAUUAGGAGACGUCCCACUGUCUUAUAAUGUACAUGUUUUCUCUUUAGGCUUUUUCUAUUUUUGUUUCUAAUUUAUUUUUUUGGGGUAGUAGGCUGUGAAAUAGGGCAGUUGUUAGUAUAUAUAUUACCAUCUUGAGAGGAGAUGGGAGGCAAUUUGUAGAAAAUAACUUGAGUGGCAAAAAAAAAAAGGUCUUGUAUUGUAUGUAAACCUACUGGUAGAUCAUUGUGAUUUUGGUUAAGCUUUUCUGUAAUAGAUGCAGUUUCUUCCACCCUGUUCUACUAAUGGAAAUCCACCAUUUGUAUUCCCUUUCCUUGUGCUGCAGGCAACUAUUAUGAGGUGCUCGGAAAUUAGGUUAUCUACUCUGUAAUUUACACACUAUUUCAUUGUUUUUUUCUGUUUAUAUAUAUAAUUUUUAUGAUAUUGGUAACGUGUAAUUCUAAUGUUAUAGAUGUAUCAAAACCAGC